GGGCGCCUUCGGAGGCGCUCAUUUAUAAUUUCGAGUUUGAUUUUGAGUGAAAAUUUGCCGCGAUGGGAAAUACGGAGAGCAACGUGACCAGCGGCGUCAAAAAACAAGCCGGAGGUGCGCUCCAGGAAGUCUACAAACUCGUCGACCUCAAGGGAGGGGGUCUGCUCGUCGAGCUGAUGAAAAGAGCAACGCAAACAAAACAAUACGCUGAACUUGACCACGCCAUCAAAACAAAGGUCGAACCUUAUUUGUACAACAAAGGCGAGGGCAGGAAAAUUCCCAUUUCGCAAAUCGUCUUGCUGAGAAAUAAGGAAAGAUCCAAAUCGAGAUUGCUUCCUCAAUUGCGAGGAUUUGACGACCCAGAGGAAUACGACAUUGACAAACACGCUCAUCUGACUGCGGAUUUAGAAGAUCUCAAAGAUCCGACUAAGUACAGGGACGUGUGUUGGGACGUGAACAAAAGAGGCGCGGUCGGGGAGACGGCGCUGCACCUUUGCCUUUUGCACGCGACCGCGCUUCACGCCGACCUCGCCAAACGACUUCUCAGAUUCUACCCGAAAUUAAUCAACGACGUUUACAUGAACGACGAGUACUACGGAGAAAACGUUUUGCACAUCGCGAUCGUGAACGAAGACCCGGCGAUGGUGAAAUUUCUGCUCGACAGCAAUGUUAAUUUCCACGAGCGGUGCUACGGCGCCUUCAUGUCCCCGGAAGAUCAGAAGGGCUCAAGGAAUGACUCGCUGGACCACGAAUGGGUCGAUUGCAACCCGUUGACGAAUUACGAUGGCUACGUUUACUGGGGCGAGUAUCCUUUGAGUUUCGCGGCGUGUCUCGGCCAAGAGGAAUGUUAUCGGCUCAUCUUGGCCCGAACCGCGAAUCCCAACAAUCAGGACAGCAACGGCAACACCGUUCUGCACAUGCUCGUAAUUUAUCAAAAAGUGACCACAUUUGAUAUGGCGUACGAAGCAGGGGCCGACAUAAACAUUAAGAACAAUUUGAAUCUGACUCCGCUGACUUUGGCCGCGAAAUUGGCCAAAACGGAAAUAUUCUUUCACAUUCUCAACAUCCAACGAGAGAUUUAUUGGCAAAUCGGAAGCAUCACAUGUGCGGCCUAUCCUUUGGCUCUGAUCGACACAAUCGACAUUGAAACCGGAAAUAUUUGCAAAGACUCUGCUUUGAAUUUGGUCGUUUUCGGCGACAGGGACGAGCAUUUGGACCUGAUGGAAGGGAUGUUGGUCGACCUUUUGCACGCCAAGUGGAACACUUUUGUCAAAUCUAGGCAAAAAAUGAAUUAAAAAAUUCAUUUUAAAUAAAAUUUGUGUAAUUUCAGAUUUUAUCGCCAGUUCACUUUCUUCUUUUUCUACUUCCUGGUCUCGCUUUUCUGCUUCACCCUGCGGCCGGGCCCGGUGCCCUUGACCCCCAAGGCGCCGGCGCCCACCCCACUUGCCGCCCCCAACUUCACCGACUACGACUACCCCUCGUCGGCGGUUCUCGACGCGACCCUUUUCGACACCAACCCGACGGCCACGACCAACUGGACGGCGCUCGCUGAGAAUAAAACGUUUGCAAAUAAAUCCAGCUCGGCCGAUUACGACGGAUUUCGGAAUUUCACGCGCGGCCUUUGGGGCGGAAUGGCCAACAUUGACUACGACGAGUGCCGCCUUUUGAAUCUGCAGCCAUGGCAGGCAAAAGUGCGAGUUUCCUGCGAAAUCGCGAUGGCUUUCGGCGCCUUUCUUUACAUAAUCGCCGCGUUGAGGGAGGCCCGAUUUCUCGGCCGCAGAAUGUUUUUGGAAAAUUUGAUGACGGCGCCUUCGAGAGUUUUGUUUCUGUGCUCGUGCAUUUUGAUGCUGAUCAUGCCGUGGGUGCGGACGGCGUGUUUGACCCAGCAGGAGGACAUCAUGGCCGUCGUCAUUAUGGUCACCACGGCACCAUAUUUUCUAUUUUUCUGCAGAGGCUUCAAAACUGUGGGACCUUUCGUGGUGAUGAUUUAUCGCAUGCUCAAAGGAGAUUUGAUCAGAUUCGUUUCAAUUUAUCUCGUUUUCGUCAUGGGAUUUUCCCAAGCUUACUACAUAAUUUUCCUGACGUACGAAACGCAGAGCGCGAAUCCGUUGGCCAACCCGAUCGAGUCGAUCAUGGCCAUGUUCCUGAUGUCGCUGACCAGCUUCGGCGAUUAUUACCCCCAGUUCGAGAAGACCUUUCACGACUCCGGCAGCAAGUUCAUGUUCGUCUUGUACAUGGCGAUUGUGGCCAUUUUGCUGGUCAACAUGUUGAUCGCCAUGAUGGGCAACACGUACCAGAAAAUCGCCGAAACCAAAAACGAGUGGCAAAGACAAUGGGCCAGGAUUGUUCUGGUGGUGGAAAGAGGAGUUCCGCCCGCAGAACGAUUGACUGCUUUGAUGGAAUAUUCGCAACCAAUGUCCGACGGACGCCGAGCCCUCGUUUUGCGUCUCAACCAAUCCGAGGAGGACAAAGAGGAAAUGAAGGAAAUCCUGGAGAUGAAACGGAUCCACGAGCGAAUGGUGCGGCGGCGGCUGUUGCGGGAGCAGAAGAGGCAGGAGGAGGCGGCCGGGGGCGGCUCAGGACCCAACAAGCCCGACCCCUACUCCACCACCAAGAAGACCAAAAAGAACUUGAAACCGGUCCAGAGAUAUUAACAUUGAAAUUAAAUCGCUCAUUUCACAAACAAUUUUUAUUUCAUUUAAAUUGAAAAAAAAAAUACCUCUUCUUGAUAUGAAAAGAAUUAAAAUUA